AUGGAUGUUGAAAAAGACUUGCUGAUAGUUGACGAGGUCGGCGUCUCUAGUCAACAAGCAGGGCGCGAACAAACUUCCGCCCGGCCCGUGUUUUCAGACCCCGAGAGGGUCUAUUGUAGAGUGGCGGAUCCCGGCCAGGAAAGACUCCGCCGAAGCGAAGGCUCAGAAAAUAUAUUGCUAGCUAUUUUACAAGGUGAUGCAAAACACAUAAGUGAACUGGCUCUUUGGAGAAUUUUACAACCAAGAAAAGAAUCCAAAGGGAAGAAAGUUUGUGAAUUCAAACUUCCAGAGCUUGAGAUUGAUGCAUCAAGCUAUUAUGAUUUAAUAGAUUUGGCGAUAGAAAAAAUAACAGAACCUCCACUGGCAAUAAAAUAUAGCGACAUAGAAAUUUCCAAUGACAUUUCUUCAAAAUGUCUUCUUGAAAUUGAAAAGUAUCCUUGCCACACUCAGGCAGUAGAAAGGUGCGUCAAGCUCGUGACAGGCUUCUAUAUCUGUUUGUGGACCAGAACCAAUACAUCAGCUCUCGUCAAUAAAGGUUUCUCACAUUGCUCAUCAUGGAACAGUUUGCCACUCAUCAUCCGUCAACAAUCAUCAAUAGAAACAUUUAAAAAGCGAUUGAGGCAGCAUCUGUUUGAACAGGCCUUUGGUGGCCGUGCUGACAUUUGUUUAUCCGGGCGCCUCUGA